UCUUGUUCCCGUUGCUAAUUUUCUUGAACUUGAAAAUGCCAACUCAUAUACAGGUCAUUCAUUUCGCUAAACUUCUAGUUGCAUCUCGGGGAGACUUUCCAACAUGACGGUUGGAAGUCAUCUACAGUCGCUGAAUGCUUACAUUAAUUAGCAAAAACUUCGUGUACAAAGUAUUCAAUAAUAUUUCUAUUUACAGAUAUCAUGUAUACUGUUUACAUAUUAUCUUUCAUUGUAAACGUAUUCGCCGCGACUGCGCAAAACGAUUAUUACAAAAGUGAAAUUUUUCAAGACGUAUUCGGUUACAAACCGUACAAAACCGUCGGUUCUAGUACAAUUAACGGCAACCAUUUUCCAACGUCAUAUUCUGAAGCACGUUUUCUGAAAACUUCAUCAAACCAAGAAAUUAUUCAACCGGGAUGCGGUACUGUUCCUGAUACCUGUCCAGAUACAAACUACCGAUCUUAUGAUGGUUCUUGUAAUAAUUUACGUAAUCCGAUUUGGGGUACACCGAAUACUCCAUAUAACAGAUUGUUACCAGCAAAUUACGAGGACGGUAUUCAGGAUCCCGUUUUGUCUAAAACCGGUAAAGAACUACCUCUGGCACGAUCAGUUAGCCUUUUAUUGUACCCCGAUGUUCCAAUCGAAGAUCCCAUAUUUACUUUAAACGCCAUGCAGUACGGACAAAUAAUAACGCACGAUCUAAGUAUGACUGCAGGAAGUACUCAAACACAACAUUACAAAACGAGAUGUUGUUCCGAAGAUGGUCAACUUUUGGAAUUGGCUGAUAUGCCUGAACAUUGUUUCCCAAUGCGUUUACCUCCCAACGAUCCGGCACAUCUAAAUGAUAACGUUAAAUGCAUGAGUUUCGAUAGAACAAUCACUAACAGGGAUAGAAAUUGUGUUAAAGGAAAUUCUCCAGCUGAACAGCUAACUUCAGUGAACCACUUCUUAGAUUUAUCGCUCGUAUACGGUAACGAUGAUGAAACAAAUCAUCAAUUGAGAGAAUUCAAAGGUGGUAGACUACGUUAUGAUACUAGAAAAGGUAAUCAAUGGCCGCCAAGAGCCUCCAACGCAUCAGGUACUUGUCGACUGAACAAACCUAAAGACGCUUGUUACUUCGCAGGUGACUCUCGAAUCAAUCAAAAUCCUCAACUAGCUCUUCUCCAUGUAAUCCUCCUGAGAGAACAUAACAGAAUAGCCGAUAAACUAUCCGAACUUAACCCCCAUUGGGACGACGAAACUACAUUCCAAGAAGCUAGGAAAAUUUGUAUAGCUGAACAUCAGUACAUUACGUAUUAUGAAUGGUUACCGUAUUUCAUUGGGGUCGAAAGGGCACUUGCUCACGGACUUAUUUGGAAAACGGAAGGUUUUGUUAACGAUUAUAAUGAAAACGUAGAUCCAACUGUUUUGAAUGAACAUUCGACGGCGGCAUUGAGAAAUUUCCAUACAUUGAUUGCUGGUAAACUUGAUUUAGUGACCGAAGAAAGAUAUUCCCAAUCUUUCAUGCGUUUCACAGAUGUCUUGAGACGUCCAUAUGUCAUCGAAAGCAAUAAUACUUUCGAUGAUCUACUUCGUGGGCUCACAUCGCAACCUCAAUCCGCAUCCGACCAAUUUCAUGAUAGUGAGAUAACUCAGUUUUUAUUUAGAGAAGAUAAUGAAACAUUUGGUAUCGAUUUACGAGCCACCGAUAUUCAGAGAAAUAGAGAUCACGGGUUGGGAUCUUAUAAUGACUAUAGGCAACUCUGGAAGAAACCCAGAGCUAAUACUUUCGAAGAUCUAUUAGACACCAUAAGUCAAGAGAACAUUUUGAAAUUGUCCCAACUGUACGAACAUCCGGAUGAUAUUGAUUUGAUUGUUGGGGGAUCUUUGGAAAAAAAUUUGAAAGAUGCUCUGGUCGGUCCCACUUUCUUAAAUAUUAUUAUCGAACAAUUUUACCGAACUAGGGUAGGGGACAGAUUUUGGUUUGAAAACAACGGACCUCUUGGAUUUACGUUGCCGCAACUACAGGAAAUUAGAAAAUCCAGUAUUUCGAAAUUGUUGUGCGAUAACGGACAUCACAUCGUUAACAUGCAACCAAGAGGAUUUGAAAAAAUAUCUCCAAGAAUGGUGGAUCUCACAGAUCCAUAG